GUUCUAUGCUCCUCUGUAGACAAGUCAUUAAUUAUCCGUUGUGUGACCCAUCUUUGGGUGUGCCUGAGCUCGCAAACUUUUGUGUUUUCGAAUAGCCGAAGACAGAUGCCUUCGAAUAGGUAACCGAGGAGGGCUAAAGGGAGACUCACUCCCCUCUCUCUUUUCCCUCACCCGCUCUCCAUUCUCUCCAUCUCAGUGCAUUUUUUUUUACCUCUCCCUGCCUGUCCCCCCUUCUUCUUCUUUCUACUUCUCUGUCAAGCAUUAAUAUCUGGGCUCCCACACCCCCAUUUAAAAGUUUACUCAUUGCGUAAAGUGCGGUGCAUCUGAUGUUUAGAGAGUGGAGUGGGGGACUCGCGGUGUGGGGUGAGCCGUGAAUGGAUCUGAUGGCUAGGUGUAAAAAGAAGAUGCAUGUGCUGCUGAUUUAUGACCGUGUGAAAGGAUUGCUUACUCUAGCUGCUCCCAAUUUAGCCUCGGCUUUUCCGUCUCCCUAGGAAUCCAAAUGUACUAUCAAGCCCAUCACGACGGGCUAUCUUUGUUAUUAUUUUUCAUUCUUGCUGUUUGUGGAACAACCUGUGCGCCACACAAACCUACAAAUGGCGUUUUAGACAAUGUGAAGUAAUGUAGAUUAGCGCUAUUAAUUCGAACACGACCUGGAGGUUCAUGGGCAAUUGAAAGAUCUUGUUUUUCAUACUGCAACUGCUAACCUAUAGGCGUGUAAAAUAGAACGUGUUGACUUCAGAGGACCUCGAGAGCUCACCGAUAAUAGUAAGAUAGGCAUUUAGAGGCCCUCUGUGAGCCUAUACCGUAAUUGCUCAUUUUGCUUCCCAUGCGUCUCGGUCUGUACAUCUGCAAACACCAAAUACUUCGAGUCGAUGAAACAUAUUGUUUCUAUUCUAAAUUACCCAUCCGUGUAAUAUUGAGAUAGAUAAAGGAAUAUGGCGCACAACCUCACUAACAACAUGUGCUAAUGUUACAAGAAUAUGAAAAUAAAUGGUGUUAGAGGACUUUGUACAGCAAGAGAUGCAGUCAAUUAAAAAUACUAUUACAUGCAAUGUCAACUUUGCACAAUGUAAAACCCAUUGCAAACCGAUUAUCGGCAACUGCCAUUUUACAAGUACACAUUGUAAAAACAUUAUCUAUGCAUGCAUUAUCUAGACUACCCUCGAGAUAAACACGAGCAAGAUGUCAGUGAAAGACAUCUACAAGGCACGUGGACUUGCAACUAUAUAGGAACCAACGAUGCUACACGAACAGCAUGCCAAUUAUAGCUUCUUUAACCUACAAUAAGUAGCUGCGCGUAAAGGGAAACCAAACAAUCGACACCCACAUAGGCGGGACACCUGUGUUGUUGUUGUUUCUGUUUUUUUUUUACACAUUUUAUUUCAUUAUUUGUGUACCUGUUUGACAUUUUCCUGCAUUGUUGGGAGCUAAUAACAUACGCAUUUCGCUGCACCCGCUAUAACAUCUGCUAAACUGUGUACGCGACCAAUACACUUUGAUUUGAACCUGGUCCAUUGGUUAUCUCAGUACAUGACGACCAUGUUUUGACAAUCCCACUGUACUUCUAUAAAACACAUUGACUUCUAUAGACUCACUUUGUCUAUAGGCUGUACUGCAUAUCAACCAUUAGUUGGAUAGCUCGGUGGAUAUCUUGACCUGGCAGUUUGUGCGUCAUGGGAUGGAAAACUGAAUGAAACCACAAAAGUCUAAGCGGCCAUGAUUUCAUUGAUUUUAUCAUACAUCACUGACAAUAUAGGCAAGCUCCAAUGGAAAAAGGGAAAGUAAAACUACCGUUUGUCAGUAUAUAAUAUCUGACUGCUUGGGAUAGCAUCCACAGGACCUUUAUGCAAGUUAUUUGCUAUAGUGGCAUCUGCUUAAGACGCCUUGGAUCACUCUGCAACACAACAAUCACUAGCAUCAUCUCUGAAACAUAUUAAAUGUCAAAAAGGUACUAUGGAAAUCUAAACGUUCAAUUUAAGUCGUUUUUAUAUUGAAAAUAGGUCCAGGUUCCAGUAAAACCUUGCAGGACUAAAUCGAACCAUUCAUUCACUAAAAGCCUGGUCACACCACCCCAUCCUCACAUAUUGGUGAGGUUGACACUUUUUAGUUCCCUGGAACAGAACGGGUCCUGUGACCUAUAAGGCCCCCCAACCCCAGCCGUCUCCAAGUCAGUGUCCUCUUUGAAUUCUCGGUUAAAGAUUACCACCUAGAGCCCUUCUCUCAUAAAGAUUAACCCUGAUCUCUCAAUGAAACUAGCUGAUGGAAGGGAUUCCUUGUUGAGCAUUUAGAACAUGAAGACGUUCUAUGUUCUGCAACCAAAAGCCAAUAUGCUAAAGUCCCUCAUAUGCAGAGAAGUCAGUGGCACUGAUGCCAUAAGCAAGGCAUCCAUUUCUUCACUCUCCAUUGGCACCUUUCUCUCUCCAUUCGCACCUUCAACAAAUGAGGUGAACAAACGAACUAAACACCUAGUAAAUUUAGCUAUAACACCACCAUAAGAACGUAACCUAAUGACAUUCACUCUAAAAGCACAACGAGCUAAUCUUGCCUAAACAUAUUUGCCCAUGUUUCUUAUUCAAACACGGGCACACCACUUCUGAACUUGCGUAGGUUCUCUUGCGCAAUCACAACUAGCUCCACGGGAUGCAGACAUAACGCGCAGGUCACCGGUUCUCAAAUGGGAGUUGAAUUGUAAUCCGGAGAUCUUUAGUAGAGAGCUAUCUGCGUGGGUGUAAAACCAUGCCCCCUUGCUCCACCAGUCACCCAGUGAGCAGUGCAGAAACCCCCUUUAUCACCCAAAGAUUGGAGGCAGAGGCCUCGCAUCCCCACCGGUCUCUCUCACUAAGUCCAUGGUGUUGAAAGUCUCAUGUCAUCCGGCAGAAUGGGAGAGAAAAUAAGAUCUAUCAUGUCUCUCUUCGUUUAGAACAAUUUGUCAUUUGCCAUUUGGGAAGCCAGUCGUUAGACCUCAUUGCAUUUCAAGGUGGCGGAAUUCGGCGAAUGGACCCGAUGAAAACGACACCCUCCCAGAGAUUGGAAGAAAAAUUUAAUUUUGGGGGUGGGUGGUGCCUUGCAAAAUGGGGCAAAAGUCAGAGAAGCAACCAAUCCGGAAAAUGUGAAAGAAAAUAUAUUUCUCCGUCGUUUUGGAGGCAUCAAACAAGGGGGGAAGAGUAGCCACAAUUAUAUCAAAACCAGAGUAUGUUGAGCUACGCGCAUCACGUGAGCGCAUGAUACCGGGGCAUUAUUUUGGAUUCGGAAAGGACUUUAUUGUUGCUUGCUGGCUGUGUUUUCGCCCAGUCACUAACUCUGCUGUUAACAACUGCCUGGUAAUUACACAACAAAUGGGAUGUCGGCGUUUCGCUGACUUCCAGAAGCCCAUGCUGCCUCUUUGAAAUCCUUGGACAGCAAGGCCCGAAUUAAUACAUAAAUAUAAUACAUUAAGAGAGGACUCCAAAGUAGACUUCUUCCGUUGAUUGAUCAUUAAUCUGUUCCCUCAAGCCUUCAGGAAGCUAUAUUCUUGCAUAAAAUCCAGUGAUAAAAAACAACAUAAUCCCGGUCAGCUUCCAAGAGGCCUUUGGAAAGAGACCGUCACGUGACAUCUGGUGCCAAUGUUCUUCCAGAAGGUCGUCAGGACCCUGGUAGCCGGUAACUCCACUUUUGGAAAUGCAGAAAACGACCUACUACGACAACUCGACGCUUUUCGGAGGUUACUCGUACCAAGGGGCCAACGGCUUCGGCUAUGAUGCUCCUCAACCGGCCUUCCAGUCCGCGGCUCACCUCGAAGGCGACUACCAGAGGUCCGCCUGCUCGCUGCAGUCCCUCGGUGGCAACAGCGCUCCUCCCCAGCAGCAUGCCAAGACGAAAGAGCUGAAUGGCAGCUGCAUGCGGCCCAGCCUGCCACCUGAACACCAACCACCACCCCAGGUGUCCCCUCCCGUCAUCCCCGCCAACGCCACCAGCAGCAGUGCCACCGCCACCAGCAGCAGUGCCACCGCGCAGCAGCCGGGAGGCAGCGGUGGGGCCGCCAAAUCAGCGCCCAAGACGUACACUCUGUCCACCAACCCCACCCUGAACAAGCAGAUCUUCCCCUGGAUGAAAGAGUCGAGGCAGAAUACUAAGCAAAAAAACAGCUCGCCAAGUGCAAGUUCAGCUAACGCGGAGAGCAGCGGAGGUGAAAAAAGCCCCCCGGGUUCCGCAGCCUCAAAGAGAGCGCGCACCGCGUACACGAGCGCGCAGCUGGUGGAGCUAGAAAAGGAGUUCCAUUUCAACCGUUACCUGUGUAGGCCUCGCCGCGUGGAAAUGGCCAAUUUGCUCAACCUCAGCGAGCGCCAGAUCAAGAUUUGGUUCCAGAACCGGCGUAUGAAGUACAAAAAGGAUCAGAAAUGUAAAGGGCUGGGCUCGUCAUCAGGGGGCCCCUCUCCAACCGGAAGCCCACCCCUACCCAUGCAGUCCUCAGCUGGCUUCAUGAACUCCAUGCAUUCCAUGGCAGGCAACUACGACGCCCCCUCCCCGCCAUCUUUUAACAAGUCCCAUCAAAACGCCUAUGCCAUGUCCUCAGCCUACCAAAACCCCAUGAAAAGCUGCCCCUCCCAACAGAAGUAUGCCAACACAGCACCAGAAUACGACCCGCACGGGCUACAGGGUAACAGUGGCAACUAUGGAACUCCCAACAUGCAGGGCAGCCCCGUGUAUGUGGGAGGAAACUACGUGGAGUCGAUGCCCACCUCUGGGCCGUCCAUGUACGGCCUCAAUCACCUACCACACCACCAGGCUGGGAACAUGGACUACAACGGUGCCACGCAGAUGUCAGCAAGCCAACACCACGGACCGUGCGACCCCCACCCGACAUACACAGAGCUGGCAGCCCACCAUCCUUCUCAGGGUAGAAUCCAGGAAGCUCCCAAGUUAACUCAUCUGUAGUAGCAGGUUUGGGGAAAAAACUAAAUUACAACUACAAAUAACUAACCCAUGGGACGCUGCAAUGGGGUUGAAAAAAAAUAUGAUCCAGUGGUUUCUUGCCAUGGCCAAAAAAGUAUUGUCUGUUGUCUUUAUCAUUGUGCGUAUUAGUAACAUUCACUUGAAUUGCGUUUUGGUUAACGUUUAAUUUCCUUGAAUAUGGAGCUCUCCCUCGAAAACAAGUAAUUAAAUAGUAAUAGUUGGGCUUAAUGGACAGCUAACAAGGUGCGGGGUUUAUUACGGUUAGACCUUUUUGACUCGGUGGAACACAUGUUAUGUCAACGUGGAUUUAUGUUUAGCCUGCGUCCUUGCAGUCAGCACAAAUGGCUAAGCUUGACUGACGUCAAUAUGCAUUUUUCAAUUGGUGCAAGCAAACCACUGGAUUGUUUUCGAUUACUUCCCUUAUUCAUAUUACCUCUCUUUGGAAAUGUCUCACUAACCCACUGUGCAGUGACAUUUUUUUUAACAUGUCCUCGCCAAACAUUGUGGCUUCAAGGGAAGAGCUCUUUCAGCAUCACGCAGAUGCAUCGUAGGCCUACACCCCCCACUGGGUUUAUGGUGUUUGGGUUCACAUUGCUAUGCUAUGCUAGCUAACAUCCAUAAACAAUCACAAACACACACGCGAGGACAUCAAAUUGAUAUUUGUUAUGUUGUUAUAUCAUCAUCACAGGGUAAAAAGGAGUUGAGAACUCUUUUGACAACUAUGAUAGGCUCAUUGCUCCCUCCUCCCCUCUCUCCCCCCUCACCUCUCUCGCUACCUUUUCUCUAUCACUCCCUACUCUCGCUCUCCCAACUCUCUAUCACUCUCUCUCGUUCAAUCUAUAGGGUUCACUUACAUUAGCCAAGACUAAUGCGAAAGGCUCACCAUUUCUCAUGUCUUGACUUAACGUGGAAACAGGGUAUAUUUGAACAAAAUGCAUGUCCGGGAACCAAGCUGAAGUGUAGGUUUACACUAAUGCUUUCUUGUCUGGGCAUCAUUGUUGCACUUAGAGUUUACAUUUUGAUGGUUAAGGGAAAAAAUACAUCUUAUUUUGGAAACGGAAGACGUCCAAUCAGCGUCUUUCUCAAUGUAUGUUCAAGUGAACAUUCAUAAAUAUAUAUUUAUUUGUUAUAGCCAGUUUAAAUACUUUCUUUUUGUAUUAUUUAUCCCCCAUGUAUUUAUAUCAAGAAAAAAUGUAAUUUUUUAGUAUUUACCUGUUAUAAAGACGUUGUGUUCUUGUCAUUGUAACGAAUACAUUUUAGUUAUUGUAUUUUAGAAAUAAAUAGUUUUAUGUUACCCUUGUACGUAAAUAAUGUCUUGACUUGUACAGGGGUCAGCGAGGACGGAAUCAGACCGUUCCUGCAUAGUCGAGAAUUAGACGAAAUAUAGCUAAACACUUUUGGAGAACUUCCUUUGUCCUUUGUAGCUCCUUUUAUUUCAUUGUUAAGAGUUGUCUGUUGAACAAUUCUUUAAUAAAAUGUUAUGUUAUUCA